GAGAGAGAAUUUCCAUGGCUUGCUGACUGAAGAAGAAAUGACGAUGUUCCUCCAGAGGCGAGACAUGAUCCUGUCUUAUCUUGAGAAGCUGGUGGAUUGUCGAGGAUAUCACAGUGCGGUUCUGGAGAGCUGAACGGCUUUGAAUUACCACGAAGACCCCCUGCGAAUACCCGAUCACAGUUUGAAGAUUGCCCGUGCAGAGGCGAAUAUCGGUCAUCGUGGUUCAAAGAUGGCCCAUGCAGAGACAAAUACCGGCGAACGCAGUUCGAACUUCAACAAAGAUUGUGCAUGCCGAGGAAGCAAACGUGCCCCGAGAUCUACGUCAGACUCUGCAUCUCGCAGAUUGGCGAUUGUGUUUCGAACUGCAACAAAGAUUGCGCAUGCGGAGGGGUAUCGAACGUGCCCCGAGAUUUACAUCAGACUCUGCAUCUCGCAGAUCACCGAUCGCAUUUCGAACUUCAACAAAGAUUGCGCAUGCGGAGGUAUUGAACGUGCCCCAAGACCUAUGUCAGACCCUGCAUCUCGCAGUUUGCCGAUCGCAUUUCGAACUACAACAAAGAUUGCGCAUGCCAAGGUAGCAACCGUGCCCCGAGACCUGCGUCAGAGUCUGCAUCUCGCAGACAGUUCUUUGUUCUGCAAGCAAGCAUCCGAACUUCACGGGGGCGAAGAAUGGCUUGGUUGGAGGGGAAAGAGUGACCGGUCGUCAGGUUAAUGUCAAACGCAGUUAGAUUCAUCCAGGUUCUGGCCGUAAUUGCAGUCAGAUUCAUCCAGGUCUGACCGUAAUUGCAGUCAGAUUCAUCCAGGUCUUACCAUAAUUGCAGUCAGAUUCGUCCAGGUCUGACCAUAAUUGCAGUCAGAUUCAUUUAGGAAAGUCCGAGUGAGAGUCUGCCCUGAGAGUGCUUGACAUAUCGAUGGGCAAGUCUAUCCCAAGAGCAGCUUUUUUUUUUUGUUUUUUUUUUUUUUCCCCCCCUCCCAAAACUGUAAUCGAAUGGAGUGAAGACUCUGUGAAGACUCUAUGAAGUGGGUGUGAAGCUAUGGACGGGCAGGGGAGAAAAAUUGCCGGAAGGAGAAGAGAUACGGUGGAGGCAGAGAUUGCCAGGACUGUUGAGCGAAAAAGAUGACAGGAGAGAAUAUAGCAGAGAUAUGUAUGUAGAGAAUAAAGCAGAGAUAUGUAUAUAGCUGAUAGUCUGAAAGUCGGUGGAGAUAUGUAUAUACUAUAUAUGUGCGAGAUGUAUCGUCAAACAGAACGGCGAGGUAAAACCGUAGGCACAGAGGGCCAAGAGGACAACAAACGACAGCUGAGACA